AUGAUGUCAGCCACCAACAAAAAGAGCGAAACGCCCUCGUCUGAUGCCGAGAAACGAAGAAUCAAUGCCAAGAGCAAUAUCGAACGCCUCGAUUCUACGGAAAGCAAUGAUUUGGAACAACCUCUGUUGGAAGCAUCCUCCUCUUCGAAUUCUCCUACCAGUGAUUCCUCUUCCAAUGGCAGCGGAAGUACGACCAGCAGCAACAUCAGCAAGGGUGCCAUUCAAAAUGUCAAGGAAGAAGUGGUCAAGAAUGGAUUGGUCAUUGGAGCCUGUGUCUUUUACAGUUUCUGUAGUGUCUCCAUGGUCCUCGCCAACAAGAGUUUGGCCUCUAGUUACAAUCACUUGAUUGAAGGAGAUUUGAAUAUUUUGCUAGUCGUCAUUCAAGCCAUUGUCGCGGUUCUUGCCGUCGAACUCUGCAAGGCCUUGAAGUGGGUCGAAUAUCCUUCCUUCUCCAUGGCAACGGCCAAGGAAUGGGCACCCGUCAACAUUUGCUUUUGUCUCAUGUUGUUUACCGGCAUGGCAUCCCUCCAAUACAAUUCGGUUCCCAUGGUCACGGUCUUUAAAAAUUUGACCAACAUUUGCACGUGUGCGGGAGAUUGGUGGUUUUUUGGAAAUGUUCCCGAACGAUUGGUCAUUUUGGCCUUUGGAAUCAUGCUGGCGGGGGCCAUGGCGGCAGCCUGGAAGGAUAUUACCAUUAGCGUGACGGGAUUCUUUUGGAUGAUGCUCAAUUGCUUGACCAGUGCGGGCUACGUCCUCUACAUGAAGUUUGCCACCAAAUCGGUCAAAUUGUCCAAAUUUGGCAUGGUCUUUUACAAUAAUCUAUUGUGCAUGGUUUUUUUGUUGCCCGUAGCAGCGUAUAUGGGACAAGUCAAGGUAUUCUUUUCGACCGAGGCCAUUCAUACUACAGACUAUUUUGGAAAGAAUUUCUUUGCCGGAUUGGUGGGAUUCUUGCUGAAUUUUGCAUCCUUGAAUUGUGUGUCAUUGGCAGGAGCAACAACCUAUGCCAUUAUUGGAUCUCUCAACAAGAUUCCUCUGGCCGUCUUUGGCUAUUUCAUCUUUGACAGUAUCAUUACCAACGAUACUUGGUUUUUCAUUGCCGUUAGCAUGUGCGGGGGAUUCUUGUAUUCCUAUGCCAAACUCAAGACGGCCACGUCGCGCAAGGACGUGUCUGGCAAAAAAUAA